GUCGCUACCAUGUUGAGUGGCUACUCCCACCUGGUCUUGGCAGUUCAUAUCAUCACCUUCCUGACAGGCCUUCCCACCAACAUCCUGGCCUUCUAUACUUUCAGCCUGAAGGUGCGACAGAAGCCAGCACCCAUCGACAUCCUUCUGCUCAAUCUGACUGUUUCCGAUCUCAUCUUUCUCAUCUUCCUACCCUUCCGCAUGAAAGAGGCAGCAGAUGGAAUGAAGUGGUACAUGCCGGACUUCCUGUGCCCACUGUCUGGCUUCCUGUUCUAUGCCACCAUCUACAACAGCACCUUCUUUCUUACAGGCGUCAGCGUGGAACGCUACCUAGGAGUUGCUUAUCCCAUCCGGCACAAGCUCAGUCGCCGGCCUCUAUACGCGGUGAUAGCCAGCAUCUUCUUCUGGGUAUUCUCCCUCACGCAGCUGAGCAUUGUUUACAUUGUACCCUACUACAACCCUCAAGGUGAUGGAAUGUUUCCCACACCUGUCCCCCAGAACAUCUGCUACGAGAACUUCACAAACGAACAGCUGAAAGUCCUGCUGCCUGUACGCCUGGAGCUUUGCCUGGUACUCUUCUGCAUCCCCUUCCUCAUCUGCAGUUUCUGCUACAUCAACUUUGUCCGUAUCCUGUGCAAACUGCCCCACAUUAGCCGGCGGAGGAGGCAGCGGGCCAUAGGGCUGUCCCUGGGGACGCUUGUGGUGUUUGUUCUGUGCUUUGGGCCCUAUAAUGUGUCUCACGUAGUGGGCUUUGCAACAGACAGUAGCCCCUAUUGGCGGAACAUUGCACUCAUCUUCAGCACCUUCAACGCCUGCCUUGACCCCUUCAUUUUCUAUUUCUCGUCCUCAGCUGUGCGCAAAGCACUUCGUCGCUUGUUUGCAAACUUGCUGGGGAGGCUGAAGGUGCCUACGUGUAACCGGCCUUCCUGCUGCUCCUCAUUGGCAGACUCACAGACAGACAAGGACCUUGAGCUGAACCCAAAUGAAGGCAGUGCUGUGUAA